GGCUCCAGGAACUGUGGGUGGGUGGGGGACUCUAGCAAGCUAUAGAGUGAAAGCAAGGCAAAAACGCAGAGCCAUAAAUCCUUCGUGAGCUCUGAGCGGCAUUCAUUGAGACACCCCUCCCACCACCACUACUACCACCACCACCACAGGUGGAGUGUGGGCUGGCACUUGUCUGUGGAACUGGAGAGAGCUGGUCUGAGUUUGUACUUUAGUUCUUGACUAAGAAGAGGGCUCCGGCAGUGUUCAUCACCACAGUUUGAAAAACAGCUCGCCUGUGCACAGGAGGAGGAUGUCUCAGUGGCUUUGCCUCCUUGGGAGAGUCUUGCUCUUGACAAAGGUGGCUGCUUCGGUGAACUUCUUCCAUCAUGGCUAUGAGGAGAUGGUGCAAGCCCUGUUCAAUGUGAAGGGCUCAUGCCCGUAUAUUACCAGACUGUACAGCAUUGGACGCAGCGUCCAGGGCCGCCACCUCUAUGUGCUGGAGUUUAGCGACUAUCCUGGCAUCCAUGAGCCUAUGGAGCCGGAGUUCAAGUAUGUGGCGAACAUGCAUGGGAAUGAGGUGCUGGGCCGGGAACUGUUGCUCCAGCUUGCAGAGUUCCUGUGUGAGGAGUAUCGACAUGGCAACCAGCGCAUCACCGAGCUCAUCCAUGAGACACGCAUUCACCUGUUGCCCUCCAUGAACCCUGAUGGAUAUGAAGUGUCAGCUGCCCAGAGUCAAAGGGCUUUAAGGGACCUAACUGGGAGAAACAAUGCCAAUGGAGUUGACCUUAACCGCAACUUUCCUGACCUCAAUACCAUCAUGUACUACAAUGAGAAAAAUGGUGGAUCCAACCACCACAUUCCCUUGCCAGACAACUGGAGAAAUCAGGUGGAGCCAGAAACUUUGGCUGUGAUUCAGUGGAUGAAGAGCUACAAUUUUGUGCUUUCAGCCAACCUCCAUGGUGGAGCUGUAGUGGCCAAUUAUCCCUAUGAUAAAGCCCACGAGCAAAGAAUUCGGGGCAUCUGGCAUGCCACCAACAGCCCCACACCCGAUGAUGAACUCUUCAAAAAGUUGGCCAAAGGCUAUUCAUAUGCCCAUGGAUGGAUGCACCGGGGCACAAACUGUGGCGAUUUCUUUCCUGAUGGCAUUACCAAUGGGGCAUCAUGGUAUUCACUCAGCAAAGGGAUGCAAGACUUCAAUUAUCUGUUCACCAACUGCUUUGAGAUUACCUUGGAGCUGAGUUGCAACAAAUUCCCAGCACAAGAAGACCUGGAAUUUGAGUGGCUGGCUAACCGUGAGGCGCUGAUUGCCUAUAUAGAGCAGGUUCACCAGGGCAUCAAAGGGAUGGUAACAGAUGAGAACAACAACAAAGUUGCAGGUGCUGUCAUUUCUGUUGCAGGGGUCGGCCAUGAUAUCACUUCAGGUGAACAUGGUGACUAUUUCCGUCUACUAUUGCCUGGCACUUACACAGUUACUGCAUCAUCAGAUGGAUAUCAGCCCCAGACACAAAUUGUGACUGUGGGCCCAGCUGGACCCACAGUGGUGCAUUUCCAGCUCAAACAAACCACUGUGAACAACCACCCUAUACGAAAGCCUUCAGACAAAGGCCCGGCCAAUAAAGGUCUACAUAAGAAAGUGGUGCCAAGGGCUGCCCAGUGGGAGAUACUCCGGUGAAGACAGACCUCUAAGAGAUGAAAGCCGCUGGAGUCACGUGUAACAGGAGAAAACGACAGCAGGCAGAUGAACUUUCUAAGAGGCACCGACACCCUCCCUUGAUCCCCACAAACAUAAAAUGAGCCUAGAUGAGAGAUGACCUUUGUUUAUUAAAUCUAAUAUUUAACUUCAAA